UCUGUGAGUCAUUAGAUUGAGUCAAUAGGUUUGUCAGUCAGGGAUCAAAGUCUACGUGGUGAGGAGUGGAAUCAUCCUGAUUGUGCACCUAUCACCAUGGUUGAGACCCAUACUGGGCUAGAGACUAACCCCUAUAGCAAGGAGCAACAAGAAAAGAUGGCCGCCUUAGUCAGAGAGAACAAAGAGAGAAAAGAGCGCGAGAAGCAGGCGAAGCUAAAGGUUAUCGCAGAUGAGCAGGCGGCAAAGAUGAAGAGGUUGGAGGAGGAGAUGAAGAGGGUACAACAAAAGGAGGAAGAAAGAAGGAAGGCUGCUGAAGCAGAAGAGGCAGCAGAAGAAGAGAAAGAGAGAAUGAGAAUUGAGGGUGGAGAAGGGAGCAGUGGUGGCACGAUGAAGUGGGAGACAGACACUGAGCUGGAGAAGAAGAUCAGCGAGUGGGUCGCUAAUUUAUCGUUGGGGGAAGACGAGGAGGCGGAGUCCUAUGUGACUACGGAUGAGAAGGCUGCGCUGGCCGCUGAGCUAAGCCGCCAUGACAGACCCAAUGGAACGAAGAGAGAGGGAAAACGAGCAAAAGUUAGCAUGGAAGUUGAGAAUGAAGAGGGAGAAGAAGAGGAGGAGAAAGGAAGUGAAUACGAUGACCGCAGCUGUGGCAAGGGUGCAGGAGUAGACUUUGCGCGUGAGAUCGUCACCCAUAUUGGGGGCGAAGUCAAACAGUUGAGAGACAAUGUCGGGAAGUUUUGUGAGGGCGCCAUUCAGGGUGCCAAAGCUGUAGCCGCCGCAGAGGGAGAGGCCAGGCCCCAUAAGGACCCAGUGAAGCUUAAGUUUCCGGAUGCGUACGGGGGAAAGAAGGAAGAAAACUUUGACAACUGGGAAGCCAGUGUCAAUAGUAUAAUUUACUUGCAGCAUAUCUUGGCCGAGGAACAAGUCUUUGUGGCCUUCCAGGCCCUCAAAGAUGAAGCGGCUAGCUUCGCCAGGUCUCUUGCGCGUACAGCCGAUUGUGAAAACAACCUGGUUGCGUAUUCCAAAGUCUCUCCUCUCUCCCAAUUCCUCAAGCUCCUCAAGGAGCGGUUUGCUGACCCAACGCGAGGCAUUAGAGCCUCUGAUAAGCUUCAAACGAUUCACUCUCGGCAGUGGAGGAGUGCCAAGGCACUCAAGGGUACUAUGGACAACUUGGUAGCCGUCCCGGACCACGGGGUCACCGAGCCCCAGUUGGUCCGGUUGUUUUAUCGUGCCAUCCCAGAGGCCCUACGUGGGCAUUUCUUUGACAAGUCUCAGCACGCCGACAUCACAUAUGAUCAAUUGAGUAGGGAGGUCGUCCUGUAUGAGUCAAAGUCUAUGCCAGUUACCACUUUCUGGCAUAAGGACCUGGAGAAGGGGAAGAAGYGGAAVAAUCGUACURUCUCAGGCCAAGUAAAGGCCAAGGAUCACAUGAUCCUGACGUUAGAGGAAGGUGGUACUGAUGAGGUCCCGUAUGAUCAGAUUGAGUGGGGCCUUGAAGAUGAUGGCAGUAGUGUGGGGCAGGGGAGGUCUUACGCUGCUGUCACGGUUGGAGGGAGGCCGCAAGGAGGAGGAGGAGGCCAGGGCCAAAGGGGCCAGGCCAUGGGAGGCCGAGGACCGGGCGCACAGGGGUUUGGCGGACAGGGAAACCGCCAAGCGGGAGGUAGGGGUCAAGGUCCCCCGUCAAAUCGCCAGGGUAAUCGGUCCCCACAACGAAGAGGUGGAAGAGCACCUCAAGCAGGUGUGGCAGAAGAAUUAAAGGAGAGGAUGCCAGCCUGGGCCAAAAUGAAGAAGGAGAGUGAAGGACAACUGAUUUUGGUAGAUGUAGAAGCGUUGAGGAGUAGGGUAGGGGCCCUUAUAGACUCAGGGGCUACCCGUAGUUAUAUCAGCCGUAGGGCGCUGAAGAAGCUGAGGCUAGGACUAAAGGUCCAGAAGUUAAUAGACCCUAUAGUCAGUGUUCUCGCAGACAACCGCACAAUGCGCGUUGAGGACUAUGUAGAGGGAGUCCAGGCGUACUUUCGCCUAGAGAAGGAUGGGAAGGUGGAGAAMGUUCUCCAUUCCCUGACUCUCCUCGUACAAAAUGACCUUCCUUUCGAUAUAGUGUUAGGAAUGGAUUGGGGAGAGGCAGCGGGGGCCACACUCCAUCUAAGAGAGCAUGAGUGUAGGCUUCCUAGUCCGUCAGGCGAAGUGAAGACUGCUCGCCUGUUCCAUGCUUCCGGUGUAGAUACCACCUUGGCGCAUUGCUGUCUUAGUGCUCCCGCGUUCGGGCGAUUAGUAAGAAAGGAGCAGUUAGAGGAACAGGUCUUUGUGGUGUAUGUUAGACCUGUCGCUGAGGGUCAGAAGAAGGAUAGCUCCACAGACCCAACAAUUGCCAAGCUGCUGGAGGAGUUCAAAGAUUUUACCGAGUCGCCGACAGGAGUAGUGCCGCGACCCAUCCAGCAUAGGAUAGAGAUAAAGCCUGGCAGUAGAACACCUAAGGGUGCAGUCUAUAGGAUGUCCCCUAGAGAGUUAGAGGAGCUUCGCAAGCAGUUAGACGAACUCCUUCAGAAAGGGUGGAUCAGGCCCAGUUCGUCUCCUUUUGGAGCACCCGUUUUGUUUGUCCCCAAGAAGGAAGCAGAGCUGAGAAUGUGUAUAGACUAUAGGGGAUUAAAUGCGAUCACCGUGAAGAAUGUUGAGCCGCUGCCCAGGAUAGACGAUCUUUUAGAUCGGGUGCAGGGUUGUAAGUAUUUCUCUAAGAUAGACUUAAAGUCCGGAUACCAUCAGAUAGAGGUUCAUCCUGAUGAUCAGUACAAGACUGCGUUCCGGACUAGAUAUGGGCAUUAUGAGUUUAUAGUGAUGUCCUUUGGACUAACCAACGUGCCAGCUACUUUUCAGCGUUGUAUGAAUGAUCUGUUUAGACCAUGGCUAGAUAAAUUUGUAGUAGUCCACUUAGAUGAUAUCCUAGUCUUUAGUAAGACCCUCCAGGAGCACCAGGGUCAUCUGAGGCAGGUCUUGGAGAAGCUUAGAGAGGCUAACUUCAAGAUCAACRCGAAGAAGUGCGAGUGGGCCAAGACGCAAGUCUUAUACUUGGGCCACGUGUUGGACGGAGAUGGCAUUAAGCCAGAGGACAACAAGAUCGCGGCRAUCRGAGAUUGRCCGAYGCCCCGCACAUUGACAGAGUUGCGGUCGUUCCUAGGCUUAGCUAACUACUAUAGGAAGUUCGUAAGGAACUUCUCUCUUAUCGCCGCUCCCUUGCGCAGGUUGCUGAAGAAAGAGGCAAUCUAGCAAUGGGACAAAGACCGUACGUCUGCGCUCAAGAAGCUAAAGCGCG